GAGUUGGCAAAGAUUUUGCUGCUUGGAAACCAAGGAAGCUGUCGGUGAAUGGUACAUGUACUCGUCGAACAAAUCUCGGAAAAAAUGAACAAAAUUCUUGUUAUUUAUUAAAACCUAAAUCUCUUUGGUGCAGAGUGGCAAGACAAAAAUGGGCAAAAAGGGCAAAAAGAAGGGGAGUGGCAAGAAAAGCGGAAAGAAGGGCGGUAAGAAGAAGUCGUCCGAGCCCCAGAUGACCAUCCAAGAAGCCAUCUUAGCUUACCAGAUCAACAUCAAGGAGGAAGCCUUGGAGGAAUUCAUGUACGAAAUCAAAGGACUCGAGGAAAAGAGCCAGAAACACAAAGAAAGGAAUGAACGUCUGAAAGAGGAGCAACUGUAUCACAUCCGGACCCUCCUGAAGCAAGCCAAGGAGAGAGACAAGGAGUUAGAGCAGGUCACCGUGGUCAACAAGGAGCAUGUGGAGGACGCUCUCAAGGAGAAAUGGCAGGCUGCCAAGGAGGAAGACCAACAGAUUGAAGACUUGAAGAGGCAGAUAGCGCAGCGGGCGGUGGAGCUGGAGAAAGAACUAGUCAUGGUGGCCAAGUGGAAGGAGUACAAGGACAAAGGGCAACACGAACACGCCAAGCACAUCAAAAUUCUGGAACAGGAGCUGUUGGACAUGCAAGUCAGCUUUGAUGAGAUGAAAGCUCAUCUGGAGAGAACCCUGAAUGUGGCCAAAGACGAAAUCCACAAGUCCACCGAGGAACGAUUGAUGGAACAGAAACACAUAGCGUCAGAGAAAGCAAUGACAACUUUGGAUAAGUGGAGCACGCAAGAAGUCAAAGACAAUAAGUGGUUGAAAAAAGAGGCGGAGCUUCAUAGAGUGGAGACCAAGCAUCUUGUGGAGGAGGUAGAGGCACUGGAGAAGGAGAAUCUUGAGAUCAUGAGCGGACUGUUUGAUUGCCGCAUCGAGGACCUCAAGAUAUCAAGGAAUUUCUACCUGACCCAGUUUGGGGAGGGGGAUGACGUUGACGACGCCGGAAUACUGGAGGAAGACCUGGCCAAGAUGGACAUGGAAAGCGCUGACAAACCCCUGGCGAUAGGGGGCGCCACACAGGGUGCUAGAAAAGCGCAGCGCCCGAAGAGCGCCACCCAGAGGGCGGUAGAGGCCAAGGUCUUCUCUCUCGCCAUCAAGGAGGAGGAGGAGGAACACUCCGGGCCGGAGGAGGAUGACGAUCUUGGAGGAAGCUGGGACCAUGGCAACCAACUUGACAACUACUUGGAUUACGAAGAUGAGAAUUUUGACGAUUAUCUGAACCUUGGACCGGUGGAGCUCAAGCUCCUGCGAGUGACCGGUCACAAGAUGACCCUCAUCAAGCCCAAGAAACUGACCGAUGAGGAGGAGGAGGCCAAACUGUCCGCUCCAGACGUCUGGCCCGUCACUCCAGAGAUGCUGAAGACAGUGACUGAUACAUGAGGACAUCGCUAGAAAAUUGACUAUAGUGAGGACGUGUGCGAUACAAUGAGCGAGGACAUCACUAGUGUGUGGUGCGAACAAAGUGAGGACAAAGUACAAACUGAAUGAGGACAAUACUUGUAGAUAUUCACAAAUGUGUGAGGACGGUGCUAAGAUAUAGGGGAGUCAAAAAAAGCGAAACCCAAAUGUCGGGACUUCUGUUUUAGUGAAGUUCUGCAUGUAGCACUUCAAAAA